AUGGAUGCAGACUUAUCAAAGCAGGGUUACGACUGUGAAGAAGACGAGGGGGCGUCGAGCCCUUCUGCUUGUGGAUGCUUCAGGCGAAUAAUAUGCUCUCCGUGGCGGCGCUCCGCUGGAUAUGUGUUGCAUCAGAAGGAGGAGGCGGAGGAGGGAGAAGAAGAAGUAGGAGGAGGAUCUGUGAAAGAGAAGUGGUGGGAGAAGAAGAUGAAGAAGGUGAAGGAAAUAUCAGAGAUACUGGGAGGGCCAAAGUGGAAGAACUAUCUGAGAUACAGAUUCAGAUUCAGAAUGAGUCAGAAAAUGAAGAGAAUGCAGUUUCAGUAUGAUCCGAAGAGUUAUGCACUGAAUUUUGACGAAGGGCAUGUUGAGUUUUCAGCUCGAUUCGCAAGUCCCGUGGACACUCGAGAAUAA